UCACGACACACCAUUCGUCCUCUUUCCUUCUACUGAAGAAGCAAUGGCGGUCUCAGCUUCUCUAACCAUGGCGAGACUCUUAUCGUCUCCCAUAGCCACGUCUCUCUCAGCCACAGCCCGUCUUGCACCCAAGACCCUCUCUUCAAAUUUCUUCUUCGCAGCUCCUCUCCGCCUCAGGCUCCGCCACCCACCUCUCAGGUCCGCCACCACUUCCGCAACCAAAAACUCCAUCUCCGCCACUAUUUCCGUCGGCGACAAACUCCCCGAUUCCACCUUCUCCUACUUCGACUCCGCCGGAGAACUCCAAACCGUCACAGUCUCAGACCUCACCAAGGGCAAGAAAGCAGUCUUGUUCGCAGUUCCCGGAGCUUUCACACCGACUUGUUCUCAGAAACACCUUCCUGGGUUCGUUGAGAAGUCCGGUGAAUUGAAGGCCAAGGGGGUUGAUACCAUUGCUUGCAUUUCGGUGAAUGACGCCUUUGUGAUGAAAGCUUGGAAGGAGAAUUUGAAGAUUGAGGAUGAAGUCAUGUUGCUCUCGGAUGGGAAUGGAGAUUUCACGAGGGCUAUUGGGGUUGAGCUUGACUUGAGUGAUAAGCCCAUUGGGUUGGGAGUACGGUCGAGGAGGUAUGCUAUUCUUGCGGAAGAUGGGGUUGUUAAGGUUUUGAAUUUGGAGGAGGGCGGUGCAUUUACGACGAGCAGCGCUGAAGAUAUGCUGAAGGCUCUCUGAUUUGGUCAGGUUGUGUUCCUUUAGUAGUUUCUUUGCUUUUUUCCUUAUCUCUUUCCCCCUUUAAGUGUUCUGUACGUUGGGUAUUCUCUAUUAUCCGAGUCAAAUUUGAAUGGCCCUUGAAUUGAGUUCCGAUGCCAUUCUCUUCAAUGUCGGGCUUUCUUCUUGUUUCUGUUAAACCUUUGGUUUCUGAAUUCAUUUCAGGAAAUGUCUUG